AUGGUGAAGAUUUGCUGUAUUGGCGCUGGGUACGUUGGGGGCCCCACCAUGGCCGUGAUAGCCCUCAAAUGCCCGUCAAUCGAGGUGGCUGUCGUUGAUAUCUCUGUUCCCCGCAUCAAUGCCUGGAACAGCGAUCAGCUUCCUAUUUACGAACCGGGACUCGAUGAUGUCGUGAAGCAGUGCCGUGGCAAGAACCUCUUCUUCAGCACGGAUGUCGAGAAGCACGUCUCGGAGGCCGAUAUAGUCUUUGUCUCGGUCAACACCCCCACCAAGACCCGAGGCCUUGGGGCCGGCAAAGCUGCAGACUUAACCUACUGGGAGAGCGCGGCUCGAAUGAUUGCUGACGUGUCUAAAUCCGACAAGAUCGUGGUCGAAAAAUCGACGGUGCCCGUGAAAACUGCUGAGGCCAUAGAGAAAAUCCUCACCCACAACAGUAAAGGCAUCAACUACCAAAUCCUCUCCAAUCCCGAGUUUCUUGCCGAGGGGACUGCGAUCCAAGACCUCUUCAAUCCCGACCGAGUCCUCAUCGGUGGCCGUGAAACUCCAGGAGGAUUCAAAGCCGUUCAAGCUUUGAAGUCGGUUUAUGCUCACUGGGUCCCGGAGGAUCGAAUCCUCACCACCAAUCUAUGGUCGGCCGAGCUUUCGAAGCUAGCUGCCAACGCGUUCUUAGCUCAGAGGAUCUCGUCGGUGAACGCCAUGUCAGCGCUCUGCGAGGCGACCGGCGCUGAUGUCACCCAGGUGUCGUACGCCGUCGGCAAGGACUCGAGGAUCGGGCCGAAGUUCCUCAACGCGAGUGUCGGAUUUGGCGGGUCGUGCUUUCAGAAGGACAUUCUGAACCUUGUUUAUAUAUGCGAGUGCAAUGGCCUUCCCGAGGUGGCCGAGUACUGGAAGCAAGUUAUCAAGAUCAACGAUUAUCAAAAGAAUCGUUUUGUGAACAGGAUUGUUUCGUCUAUGUUCAACACGGUUGCGAACAAGAAAAUAGCUAUUCUCGGUUUUGCCUUCAAGAAAGACACGGGAGAUACUCGCGAGACUCCGGCUAUUGACGUGUGUAAAGGGCUGCUCGGGGAUAAGGCUCAGCUGAGCAUAUAUGAUCCUCAGGUGACCGAAGAUCAGAUUCAGAGGGAUCUCUCGAUGAACAAGUUCGACUGGGACCACCCGAUCCAUCUCCAGCCGAUGAGCCCGACUACUGUUAAGAAAGUUCAUACUGUUUGGGAUGCUUAUGAGGCGACAAAAGAUGCGCAUGCAGUGUGCAUUCUAACAGAGUGGGAUGAGUUCAAGAAGCUCGAUUUUCAGAAGAUAUAUGACAAUAUGCAGAAGCCGGCUUUCGUUUUCGACGGGAGGAAUGUGGUUGAUGCGGGGAAGCUGAGGGAGAUUGGGUUUAUCGUGUACUCGAUCGGGAAGCCGCUUGAUGCUUGGCUCAAGGACAUGCCGGCUGUUGCUUGA